GGAGAGUGAGGAGGCGGAAGUUCCCCGCAGGCCUUAGGGACCGCGCCAGCCGGGCGAGUCACUUGUCAGCGCUGGUCGGAGGCGGAGGCUGCGCCGCGCGGCUUGCGGGGUUUGUUUGAUCUUCUGUCAUUGGACUUUGUGCCAUUAGAACCAUGAGCAACUACAGCGUGUCCUUGGUUGGUCCAGCUCCGUGGGGGUUCCGGCUUCAAGGUGGCAAGGAUUUCAACAUGCCUCUGACAAUCUCUAGUCUGAAAGAUGGGGGCAAGGCGUCCCAGGCCAACGUGAGAAUAGGCGACGUUGUCCUCAGCAUUGAUGGGAUCAGUGCGCAAGGAAUGACUCAUCUUGAAGCACAGAACAAGAUUAAGGCUUGUACAGGCUCUUUGAACAUGACUCUGCAAAGAGCAUCUGCUACAUCCAAGCCUGAGCCAGUUACUGUUCAGAAGCCCACAGUCACCAGCGUGUGUUCCGAGCCUGCUCAAGAGCUAGCAGAGGGACAGAGAAGAGGAUCCCAGGGUGACAGUAAACAACAAAAUGGGAAAAUCCCACCUAAACGCCCACCAAGAAAGCACAUUGUGGAGCGCAAUACAGAGUUUUACCACAUACCCACCCACAGCGAUGCCAGCAAGAAGAGACUGAUCGAGGACACAGAGGACUGGCGCCCAAGGACGGGAACCACUCAGUCUCGCUCUUUCCGAAUCCUCGCCCAGAUCACCGGGACUGAACAUCUGAAAGAAUCUGAAACUGACAAUGCAAAGAAGGCAAAGCAUAGCACUUUUCAGGAAAACAUAUGUAAGACUGGAGCUCACUGGCCUGCCACGUGCCAGGUGUUACACCUGAGCAGACAAGUAGCCCUACUUCCUAUAGUAGCACCUGCACUGUCUAGUGUAAGCAGCUCCACAAGGAGUGUGGACAGUUCUGUGGAAGGUUUUGGAGGCCCUUCUUCCCUCUCCUCUCCUGGCAGAUACAGUGGGGCAGCACUGAGCAGGGCGGCGGCUGCUGUGUCUGCUGCCCUCACAGCAAGAACCAGGCUUUCCAGUGCUGACAGGUCUCUGUCUCUUCUGCAUGCAUUUUGCAUCAGCCCUGUUUCCAAGCCCUUAGCUUUUCCCUGUCUUCAGUCCACCAGGACAUCAUCUGGCUCUCUCCAAGCUAAGGAAACCAGCCCUGCUGAGCACCCCAGUUUGGCAGGAGCCUCACCCCGCAUGGCGGCUGAAGGCAUGGACAGCGCAGGCGUGGGCAGACCGGGUACAGCCAGCCUCACCACAGCCGCUGCCUUCAAACCUGUAGCAUCCACCGGUGUCAUCAAGUCACCCAGCUGGCAGCGGCCGAGCCAAGCAGCACCUUCUACUGGAAGGAUUUCAAACAAUGUGACUUCUCCAGGAGCCCGGGCACCAGCCAGCUCAGCUGCGGGGCAGCCUCAGCCCACUGACCAGGACACAUUAGUGCAAAGGGCGGAGCACAUUCCUGCAGGGAAGCGAACUCCGAUGUGUGCCCACUGCAACCAGGUCAUCAGGGGACCCUUCCUGGUGGCACUGGGGAAAUCUUGGCACCCAGAAGAAUUCAACUGUGCUCACUGCAAAAAUACCAUGGCCUACAUUGGAUUUGUAGAGGAGAAGGGAGCUCUGUAUUGUGAGCUGUGCUAUGAGAAAUUCUUUGCUCCUGAAUGUGGUCGAUGCCAAAGGAAGAUCCUUGGAGAAGUCAUCAAUGCUUUGAAACAAACUUGGCAUGUUUCCUGUUUUGUAUGUGUGGCCUGUGGAAAGCCCAUUCGUAAUAAUGUUUUUCACCUGGAGGAUGGUGAACCCUACUGUGAGACUGAUUAUUAUGCCCUUUUUGGUACUAUAUGCCGUGGAUGUGAAUUUCCCAUAGAAGCUGGGGACAUGUUUCUGGAAGCCCUGGGCUUUACCUGGCAUGAUACUUGCUUUGUAUGCUCAGUGUGCUGUGAGAGUUUGGAAGGUCAGACGUUUUUCUCCAAGAAGGACAAGCCUCUUUGCAAAAAGCAUGCUCAUUCUGUGAAUUUUUGAAAGCUGGCAGUACUGGAGAAAUUUGAAGAAAAAAGAAAAGAGUUAAAAAUGACCAAUUAAGUUUUAGAUUAUUUUCAUGAAGAGUUGAAAACUAAGAGUAACCUUAAAAGAUAAACUUCUAUCAUUAAAAACUAAGUCUAUGAGGAAAUACUUGGUUUUAUAAAGAGCAGAGUUUAUCAUUUAGUAUUACUUUUUCCUGUAUUUUUUGCCACCCAAAUAACCUUUUUAUACAAGUUAAUUUUCUGAUUGACUAUUAAAGUCAUCUUAGAAUAUAUCAAAGGAUGAAAUUUUAGGAAAAAAUCCCUCUAGUCUCUCUUCUGAAAUAAUUAUACUUUCCUUGAUGAAUAGUUAUGAGAGAAUCUGCAAAAGGCAGUAGAAAUGACUUAAGAUUUAUUAAUAAGAGGAUCAUUGUUUUAAAAACUACUGUUUUAUCUUUAAAAUAGUAAAUAGGAAUAUUAUCAAUAGGAAGUGUCAGUUUUAUUAAAAAUGUGUUUACUUUCUUUUGGUGUUACAAUUAAUCAUUCCAGUAGGAAGGGCCAAUGAGAUUUUUGAUCAAAAUGUGUCCAGCAAAUAAGAGUGUUAGAUUCUUCUCUUAUCUCCACGUUCCUUCCCAGAGCUGCAUAUAGCGUCAACAUCUCAAUUGUUGCUUUUAUUAAAAUUAAAAUAGGACUGUUUCUGUUUACUGUGUAUACUUUAUCACCUGUAUUAAUUGAAGAAGUCCAAUCCCCCCCCCCCCCAUAUUGAGAUACAGAGUUAAUUAAGUAACUUGAAGCUCCAACAGUUUUCUCUCUGCUGCAAAGAAAUUGGUAGUAGAUGUUAGGAGUUAUGGUAACUGAAGGGUUGUGCCUAAACAACAAACCAAAAAAACUUCUUCCCCCUUUCAGCUGAUGAAAAUCUCAUCACUUGUAGGCCUAUGCCACUGACUGAAAAUUUGAGAGCUCUCUUUGCUAAGGAAUUUUUUUUUUUUUAAUUCUACCUUAGGACUAAUUGGACAGUUGUGACUGUGGUGGUGGUGGUGGUGGUGGUGGUGUGGUGUGUGUUUGUUUGUGUGUGUGUGUGUGUGUGUGUGUGUGUGUGUGUGUGUGUGUGUGUGUGUGUGUGUGUUGGGGUUUCUUCUAUGGUUUGGGCUUUUUGUAGUAAUGAGUGAACCACUUCCAAAUGUGAUCUCCAAAUUUCGGAAGCUUUUAUUCCCAGAGUUUCAGUAUUCUGGGAGGGGAACUUGAUGAUUUACUUGGAUUGCCUUGUUAUUUAUUUUCCUUAUUGGGAUAUAGAAUUAUGAAGAUACCACCUGGAGACUCAGAAACAAUUGUGGUAAAUCUGUGGGUACUGUUAAUUUCUGCCCAGUCAGAAAACAAAUGAUGACAUUUAGUACGGUUACUAGCUUUUCCUUUGUUUCUAGAGUGGGUGAAAGCCCAUGAUCCCACUGCAUUAUAAUUGGAAUAUGUUUGGGGCAAGCUGCUUUUAAAGGUCAGACAGUCCACAUGUCCUUCCAGCCCCAUCUCUCACUCCCACUUUGGGCCCAUUGCAUGCAUGUUUGUUACAGAGGAGGUUUUAGGCUACACUAUUUGUUUAACCUCCCUGAGAACUUCCAAGGCAUCUGUCCUGAAAGCUGUUAAUGUAUGGUCUAGCAGACUUAUAGUAUAUGCAGAUAAUAAUUAACUGGGCAUAAAAGAAUAACAAGGAGAUGACACUGUUGCAUGCUGAAUGCUUCUCCAAUAGCAACCCCAAACUACCUCCCCACCCGGCAUCUUGUGUAGUGGGCAGGAACUGCAUUUGUGCAUUAUCUCUGCGCUGCUGAAGCCAUCUAGAGGCAACUUGCCGGCCCAAGAUACCCAUCUUCAUGUCAGUCUUUCACUCUGUGCAUUACAAAACAAGUUGGUGGUUUUGUUUUCACAUAUUUUGAGUUUUCUUGUUGUUUAGUUUGGACUUUCUAGAUUUUUAUGCCAAGAUGGUAUUUGAUAAGUCAAUGGCAUUUGGGUAUGUUCUUCAAAGAAUGUUAUUUGACCUGGAUUUCUCAUCAAGUUAUAUUUCUUUAGGGAUAUAUAUCAUUUUUAUUAGACUUUUUUUAUUCUACAUAUUACUCAUGGAGCAUAAUGUUGUACUACUCCAGAUUUUAGGUCCUAAGAGAGUAGCAUGUCUUCCUAAGUUAUCAUUGUGUCCAUAUGCUUUAUAUCUGUAUUCCUAAGACAGUUAAGCCUGUGAAAUAAAUACUGACCAUAACCCAGAAGAAUCUCUGUAUUUCCUGGUGGGGAUUGCCAUGUUUAAAUUCACCAGCAUUAAUAUUUUAUUAACUGACAGAGCACUUUAUUCUUCUGGUGAGCUCCCUGAAUAUUUAUUUUUCUGAUUAUAAAUAUUCUGUGUCUAGCAGGGUUUUUUUUUAUUAGUGCUGUUUUACUAUAGAGCAUUGACUUGUACUCUCUCAAGCUGUAUAUUUUGAAAUGUUGUACUUGAUAAUACACAGAGGGAAAUCGUAGCAUAAGACCCUAACAAGCCUCUACCUGUAUUUCCCAGUUCCCAAACUUUCAUGAUGGAGUCAUAUGUAUAGCAUUUCUCCAGAGUUGUGGGUUGCAUCUUAAAAAAAUGAGCUAGGUCAUUUAGCUUGCCUAUUGGCCACAGCAUACAUGUUUCAUAUUGGAUAUCAAGAUUAUACCUACAAUUUAAAACCUAAAUGUUUGGUCUCAACAUUAAAACUCAGAGGAAAAAAAAUUCAAACCAUCAAAAAUAUCAAUGUAGCAAUGUUUAAGUUUAUCUCUUCCACCCCCUGUCUCCCAAAUGUGCCACAUUUUCAGGGCACUAUGUUAGGAAUGCUUUUAUAUGAAAGAAUUCCUUUUCCCAGUUCCAGUAUGGAUCCAAAAUUAUGUUAACAUCUUUGUGACAGUGGGUUUAGUCAUUUCCGCUGCAAGGAAAGAGAAAAUAACACUGAAGAGUUUUAUAUUUACUUCAGUAUGACCUUCAUUGUGUCCCCUUUCCCCAAAAUAUUGAAUUUAGAUUCUUAAAGUGUAAUUUGCCUUACUUACUAAUCUGUAACUUCUGUUUCUGUUUUUAAGUGUGUACAUAUCUGCUGUGUUUUGCUUUUGAAUAUAUUUCCAAUUAAAAAGUCACACGAGAAAUAUAAUCAGUAUAGUUAUACCUUAACGGGCGCACAAUAAAUGACUACCAUGGUGAA